CAAGAUGGCAAAUCCCUCAGACCCGGAGUGAAGGGGCACCGCUCCCCCGAGAACCAGCUCAGCGAGUCGGCCGUCCCGAGACAGACCCGCCCGGCGAUGAGAACCGCGCCCGGAGGCGUGCGAGGGAUUCCCUGAAGAAAACAUGCCAGUGAGGCUGAUGUGACACAGCGUGUGCUGGAAGAGAGCUGACUCAUCAAAUAUCCAUCCCUCCGAGAGCGACCGAGCAGCCGAGAGCAGCUCAUAUCUCCUAAUGCCUUGCUAGAGGAGCAGUCUCACAACCCCCCCCCCCCUCCCAGCACCAGCAGCACCAGCAGCACCAGCGGAGAUUAAGACGGUGCAGAAACACCUUCGCAGGAUUACAUUCAGCGCCGGCUGUGGCUGAAACACAUCUCGGCUGUAAAAGGCUUCUGCUCCAGCUGAUAAUGACAAAGCUAAGAAUGGCAGCACAGUGCGUCAGCUGAACUUCACACCAGCCCACCUCCCUCCCCAGUAACCAGCUGAUAGGACCUCCCCGGCCAGUUUCACCCAAACCCCUUUAGCGUCCCCCAUCCCCGGCACCACCAUCAGUCUGCCCUUCAACCCCCCCGCCUCGCAGACCAUGAUGUUUCGUGAUCAGGUGGGCGUCCUGGCCAGCUGGUUCAAGGGGUGGAACGAGUGCGAGCAGACGGUGGCCCUGUUGUCCCUGCUGAAGAGGGUGAGCCGGACCCAGGCCCGCUUCCUGCAGCUGUGUCUGGAGCACUCCCUCGCCGAGUGCACCGAGCUGCAGGUCCUGGAAGGAGAGGCCAACAACCCAGGCGUGAUCAGCCAGUGGCAAGGCGAGCCCAAGGAGCGCGUCAUCUCUCUGGUCCUCACCCAUCUCCCACUGCUCAAGCCUGGCAAUGUUGAGGCCAAAAGCGAGUACAUGCGCCUGCUGCCUCGCAUCCUGGCCCACACCAUCGAGCACGGCCACCACCUGGAGGAGUCUCGCCAGCUCCUGUCCUACGCCCUCAUCCAUCCUGCCACCUCCUUGGAGGACCGCGCUGCCCUGGCACUCUGGCUCAACCACCUGGAGGAAAGGGCCGCCGCCCGGGGAGACUCCCUGGAGAGGCCUCCUCCUUCUGGGCAGCACCACCUCCACCAUCACCAGUCCACACCACCAUCCACCCUCACCUCAUCGGGAUCCUCCUCCUCCACUAACACCUCUUCAUCGAGCAACCUGUACUCGCUGCAUCACCACCAACGCUACGGCUCGGACGACCGCCUCAACGGCUGGCAGAGCUCCAGGGAUUCGGGGCUGGGAGGAGGGUGGCAGCAGCCGGGCUGUGAGAAUGGGCAUCUGCUUCUUUACCCAUCAUCCUCUGUGCCGACCACCAUCAACACAGUUGGAACCAGUGGAGGUGGAAACACCAUCCUGACGAGUGGAGGAGGCAGUCAGCAGCACAGUCCCCUGAAGCGCUCCGUGUCCCUGACGCCUCCCAUGAGCGGCCCCAGCAACCAGCCCCUGGGCCACGUCUGGCUCUCCCAGGAGGACCUGCGGAGCGCCAGGGGCCCGGCCCCAGACCACGCACCCCUCUCGCCCCAGAGCAGCAUCGCCUCCUCGGGGAGCGGAGGCAGUGAGCAUCUGGACGAGGCUGGUUUGGGAGGUCUGCAUCGCGGCUGCUUCCACGACGAGGGCAGUGGCAUGAGGGAUGUUCCCUCGUGGCUGAAGAGUCUCCGUCUCCACAAAUACGCCGCGCUCUUUUCCACGAUGACUUACGAUGAGAUGAUGUCGCUGACUGAAGAGCAGCUGGAGGCGCAGAAAGUCACUAAAGGAGCCAGACACAAGAUUGUCAUCAGCAUCCAGAAGCUUAAAGAUCGACAGAACCUACUGCGCAGCCUGGAGAAGGACGUGUUGGAGGGCAGCAACCUGCGCGCCCCGCUGCAGGAGCUGCACCAGAUGAUCAUGACGCCCAUCAAGGCUUUCCCAGGCGCCGAGGAGGCGUCCCUGCAGCGCCUCCUCCUGAGUCCCGAGGGCAAGAGCGCCGCGCCCGGCUCCCACCUCACAGGGGGCGGCAGCGGCGAGGCUGAGUCGGGGGCAAGCGUCAUUGCAGAGGGGGAUUUACCCGGCCAGUUCACACGCGUCAUGGGCAAAGUUUGUACCCAGCUACUGGUGUCGAGGUCGGACGAGGACAACAUCAGCUCCUACCUGCAGCUCAUUGACAAGUGCCUUCUCCACGAGUCCUUCACCGAGACGCAGAAGAAGAGGCUGCUGUCAUGGAAGCAACAGGUCCAGAGGCUGUUCCGGUCCAUUCCCAGGAAGACCCUCCUCGACAUAGCAGGGUACCGACCGCAGAGAAGCCGGUUCGGUCAGUCGAACUCCCUCCCCACCGCUGGCUGUGUUGGGGGCAGCGUGUCGGUCAGGAGGAGCCUUCGCCAGUUCCAGAUGCCCUCCAGGAGUUUGCCGGGUGCCAGGCUGGGCCUGCUGGGAAGCGGGGGGCUGCUGGGACCCACACCUCGCAGCGCCAGCAGCACGCCGACCGGCCCCAAGCAGGGGAGACAGGGUCUGUGGUUUGCCAACCCCGGAGGAAGUAACAGCAUGCCGAGCCGGACCCACAGCUCUGUGCAGAGGACCCGCUCCCUGCCGGUUCACACCACGCCACAAACCAUGGUCAUGUUCCAACAAGCUGAUCUUCAGCUGCCUGUGACAGAACCGGACAUCAACAAUCGCCUUGAGUCUCUGUGUCUGAGUAUGACAGAGCACGCCUUGGGAGACGGUGCCGACCGCACAUCAACAAUCUGAACCGAGGACCUGAGUGAGAGCAGCAGGACGCCGCAGGUUCACGAGGCUCUCUCACGAAAAGGUGACCUCGAGGUCACCCGCCCUCCCGUCCCCUCUCCCUGUGGCCAAUGGGAGAGCUCCACCAAAGGACCGGGCGGGAUCCAGGAAACACAAGCGAGCCGAUCAUCACACGGCGAUCACAUUGGCACUGACCCCCCCCCCCCCCCCCCUCGCCUGCAGUCCUGUCAGCCUUGGCAGGAAGGGAGAUGCUGGCCUGUGGAUCAGGGCCCAGUGAGACUGAGCCCCCUUCCCCACACGACACCUUCUGGCCCCUGCACACUGACCACAGCUUGUGGCAUCUUUCAAAUCCAUAACAGUACCUCAGACCCGGAGACCGGAGGAGACACAAGGACGCAGACGGAAGUUUAGGAUUUCCAGAGAGGACAGAAAGGCCUCCUGCUCAGCGCUGGGUGGCAAACAAACAAAAAAAUCAUUAAUUUUGUUGUAUGUAUUUAUUGUUUACAUAAUGUUGCUACUUUCAAAGGGUACAGAAACAUGUAUGACUUUCAAUAUGACUUGUGUAAUAUUCUGUAAAACCUCAGCCGUGCACCACCUUCACGUCCCACAAGUAGCUAGUUUACAACCAACAUGCUUUUUCUUUAUUUUAUCAGCCAAGAACAAAGAGACAGUGACUGGGGGGGGGGGGGGGGGGGGGUGAGAAGUAAGGAGGAAGAGCAGAUGUGAGACAAGGGGGAUGAGAGGAAGGAGGUGAGGAGGAGAAAGACAAAGAAAGUAGAAGAGGAAGGAAUCGGGCUGAGGUGCCGGUGGAAAGGGAAGAGGAUGUUACAGAGGAGGAAGACGUCAGAGGCAGGACCUCUGAUUGGCUGAGGGUGACGGAGGAAAGAUGAUGUCAUGUCUAACCGUGUUGUGAGCUGGAGGUGAAGCUGCGUAUCGUGUAUCUACGAGCUGUAAGAACUCUGUGAAUUCAAAGCCUCGUGAAAAACGUUUUUUCGAGAAGACGUAAAUGGGAGAUUUUGAGGCGGCGGCCGGCCGUCAGUGGGAUCCGUCUGCGUGUCCAGAUUCUGGGUUCGGUUAUUCUUCUAAACGCAGGGUGAAGUGCUUGAGCUGCAUGUUCCAGCUGAAAGUCUUUCUCAGAAGAUUGUGAAACGUGUGAAGCAGGAAAAACAGAAACAGGAGGUUGGUUUGGUUUCCACGCAGAGCGCGUUGCCGAGGCCGAUUGCAACACCGGAGAAGAGACACACUGUCAGUCCAUGAAGGGAGGUCGUCCCAGAGAUUGUCCCGUUAGUGCAGACUUCCCCCUGCUGGCCGGUCCAUGGACACGCAGGCUCGUCCGCUCACAGAUCGUCUGUCAGUUCAAACCCACGUGGGAUAUAUUUUCCUUUUUUUAGAUUCUGAAUCUCGCGGUUAUUCUGUGUCUUAAUAUUUAUCCUCAGUUUAUUGUGUAUGGAAAACAGACUUUAUACGAAUAGGUUUAUAUUGAAAUAAGCUGGUUAGGAAUCUCCUCCCUGUGCCACAGAGACUCCUGAGUGGUCAGCAUCGAGAGUUAUCGAUUAUUUUUAUUAUUGUUGUUUAGGUUCUUCUGUAGUUUGUUGCAAUUCAAUAGUUCUUUCAUUGUAUCCUGCACUUGAUAAUGUGAUAACACUAAAAACCCAGAGGUUCAAGGCUCAAGUUACAGUUUCGUGCUUUCGGAGUCGGAUGAAACGAAGCAGAUCGAAGAGACGAGCUCGACUCUGAUGGUCGACGGAGAAGACAGAGGGCGAGCGGUUGAAUCACAAAAGGUGUCGAUGUUCGAUCCCGCGGCCGAGACGAGAAGCUCCUGACUAAGACUAAGUUCGUGUUUGUGCGUGUUUUAACUCGUCUGACCAAAAGCCAUUGGUUUUAUUUGGUGUUGAAAGAUUCAAACUCCAGUUAAUCCAUCGCAGAAAAUAUCCAAUCUGAGCCGAAGGACUUUAGAAUCAUCAGGGGAAAAGAAUAUAUGAAAUAUAAGAAGUGCAAAGAUAUAAUCAAUGUAUGUAUAUGCAAAAUCAUUGAUUAUACAAAUGGCUUCUAAUUCCUUUUCAUUGCUGCUCAGGUGCAGUUUUUUAAUCUGCAACUGUUGUUAAAUUACCCAAAUAAUAAUUUGGACAAAACGAUGGAUCAACUUUUUCACAAUUUACGAGUUGAAAUCACCAGCAGUGAUGCGUUCAGGGUCCGACCUGGAUCAUAGGAGAUAAAACGUGCAGAAGCUAUCAACUGGUUGAAUGUGACGUCAGAUAUCUGCACACACACAGACACACACAGGUUUAGUGUGUGAGGGAACGAACAUGAAGAUUCCACCAAAGCACGAAUGUGACGUGAACCUUUUCAUCCUGAAACUGAUGCUCUUCAGCACAGAGAUCUCAUCCCGCUCAGACCGUCACAGUGUCACUGCCACAUGAAUCAGUACUUAAAUACAAUUAUUUAUUCUUUUUAUUUCAUAAUUUUUUGCAGAGGUGAUACUUUUACUCAUUUAGGUGUAUUAUUAUUUAAAGUACCAUAUGUAUUAACAUACUAUGGCUGGUGACCAUACGUACAUCUCAAAUAUUAACAUAGUUAUUGUUGACUUCUCUCUGUUGUUGUUUUGUUGCCGUUGUUGCUCUAUAACCUUGUUUGUAUCUAUCGGUGUCAUGUUGAGGUUUUUGUUUGGAGAAGUUUCCGUGUUGGAGUCGCUCCGUCACAGAUCGUCAAAAGAAACUCUGUUCUGGUCUGUAGUGGGCCAGGAAGUAGACGGGUCCACUCCGGAGCCUUCGUAGACCAGGAUGUGAGACGUUGGGUCUGAACUCAGCUGUGGACGUGUUUUUCACUCUCAGACUUUCAGCGGGAGACGAUGUCCAGAUGUGUGACUUUGAGCACGAGCGGCUUUAUUCUUUUUCUUAUUGUGAACAAAUCCCAUGAAAAAGCCAAAUUCAACAACGUGUUCUCAGUGUUUUACAUUUUAGUCGAAACUUUCCCUGUGUGUGUUUCUCACCGAUUCUGAUUCAUACAAUUUUAGAAACCGUUUGAAAAUAGGAGGUUGUGUUUUCUUUUUGUGUGUCUGUUUGCAGGAUUACACACAAACUACUGAGCUGGUUUCCAUGGUAUAAGGACCAAGGGAGAACUCACAGACUUCUAGAGCAGAUUUGAUUAAGAGGUUGAAUCCAGGAAUUAAAUUUGUUUCACUUUCUUUAAUAUUGUGAUACAUUUGAAAAGUUCCCAUUAGAAGCUCAUUUCUAGAGCUUCUAAUUCUUCUGAAAUUCUUCUUCUGAUUGUAGAACUGUUAAUUGAUUUAUCAGUGAUGUCUUUUGAAAAGAUGCCUGACGUUGCCAUGUUGAAGAAAGUAGAUCUGCAGCUUAAUCUUCUCAGACUUCUUCUCAGGCCCAAUCACGUCCUCACGUUUGUUGAAAAUCUGUAAAGUGGUUAUUGUGUAAGCCUGCGUACAAGUACACAAACGGGUGUCAACAACAUCCUCGGCGGAGGGAAUAUCCCAUAAACAGGAAGCGACUACCUUCACAUCUGACAACACAACAGAUGUGUUUGUUUCCAACACUGAAGAUGAUCUAGUGUGUGAAUGUACAUGACAGUUCAACAUACACAGACACACACACACUUGAUUCAUUGGUGAUUUCUGUCUUUUCAUGGGAUUUGUUGAUGGGAAGAAAACCUCCCGCAGCCUUUAAAUGUUUUUACAAACCUGCAGCCGUUCAAUAGGAAACACAAUCCAAGGGAUUAUUGAACCUGUGUUAUGUUUUAUUAACUUUCAUAUCAAACAUAUUGAUGCAAAGUUCGGGAGCUUGAAUUCCGUUUUCUCACAUGUGCCACGUUUUUCUUCUGGAGCAAGUGUUCAAGAGGUUUGUGUGAUUAUUUUUCUGGAUGAAGAAAUAGAGCAAAGUGACACGUUUUGUAUUCAGAGUUCAAAUCGGCGCCUGUGGUUUCCUGCAGCCGCUCCGGGUCAAAGAGACGUCUGAACCCGGAGCGGGACGCUGGAGGUUCUGGAUCAGAACCCGUCUCCAACCAAAUGCUUUAUGUAGACUUUUCUCUGAACGCAUAUCAGCUCGGGGGGGCGUCCAGGAGAGCUUCUGCCGCUGUGCACUCUGCAGUAUUAACAGUUAGACAACACCUGGUUAUUCCAAAAAAAAACAUAUGUACUUUAAGUCGAGACAUAUAUGCUGUUUUGUAUCUUGUUGUUUUCAUAGAUUCUGCAGUUUAUUCCGUUUGUGUCGAUGAGGAAUGCAGAGUUUCUUCUUGUUUUGUAAAGCAGCCGUUGCCGCUCGACUGUGCUCCUUCACUUCAUUUAGUUUUAUUCUAUCAAAGAGCCGAUGUCCUGUAUUGACUGCAGGCUUACGUAUAUAUUUGACAAAAGAAUAUUGUAUGUUUAAUAAUAAAAGAAAACCCACAAAAAAGACAAAAAAAACUGAGGAAAAACAAAACGCAGAUAAAAAGAAAUGGAGGGAAUUGAGAGAGAGAGAGAGAGAGAGAACAGGUGUAAUUUAUAUUUUAAAAACUGCAUGCACAAGGCUGGGAAAGUCAUAUUUAGAAUAACUAAUGGCAGUGCCUUUUUUUUUGUACUCGAGACAUUUACCCCAAAUGUAAAUGGUUUUAUAUUGACGUUAAAAAUAAAAAGGUGAAAUGUUACAGCAGCCGUGUCGGCUCACGUUCACACUGCAGCUCGGAGCGCUGACGGAUUUGUUCCUUUGUGUUCUUAUGAUCUUUCCUUUUAAUCUGAUGUAUGGUCGUGUGUCUUUAUGCCUGAUCACUGUGCCUUAAUCCACUGACAGCUCAGCCCUUACGUUUUUAUUUUCAUUAAUUCAUUGUCAAUUUCCUCGUUCUCUCAAAGUAAAAGAAUAUUCACCACAGAGCCCAAAUUUAUUCCUUUGAUUUUAUUCCUUUUAUCUUGUGUUUUCCACGGGAGCUGUAAUCACGAUACAUUGAUUCUUACAAUUAUUAAACUUUGACAGUUUAAAAAAACAACCUGUGAGAUGCUUCACUCUAGCUAACCCUGAAAUCAUUGUGCACAUUCAGGUUUUCACUGAUCCAACGUGCUACAGGCGAGAAUCUCAGAUACCUGUUUCUCACCGUUUUUGUGCAAACGUUCUUUUUACUCAAUUUUUAUUUCAUUGUUUGUUUAGAAAACAUCAAACGUUUGUCGAGUUCUCACAGAAGAAGAAAAUUCUCCUCGUGUUGCUUAAAAAGCCAAAAAAAAUUAAAAAAUUCACUCUGUUUUCUCCUCGUUGUCGUUGAUGAACCGCUUUUAAAAUGGGUUCAAAUUUUAAAACUAGCUUCAGUGUUUUCUAAUGAAUAAACCUUGAAUGUAUAUUUUGGCUUUAAACCUUCACAGCCUCUGAUUACAGCAGCUUCGUGUCUGACAGACUAAAUGUGAAAGUCAAACUUCCACCUGAACGUUGAAGCAGUGUGAGCGUGAGCGUCUGGGGCCCUUUCUGUUUUCUGUAGGUACUUUGAUUUUUAAUGCUGAUAUGAAGUUCUGAAAUAUUCUGGUCUGUACAAGAAAAAAAAAAUGUGUGAGUGGGAGUUUGUGACAGUGAGGAUGUGUGUGUGUGUGUGUGUGUGUGUGUGUUGGGAAAAACGUUCAAGUGUUUUUAUUUCAAUGUCUCUUGCUGUAAUUUGUCGCGGCAAACCAGAAUGCUGUGAUUUGGCAUGCCCCGUUAUACAUAAAGAAAAAAGUUGUAACUCC